AUGAGCAGGAACAACAUUAGUGGUAGCAUACCACCCGAGAUUGGAAACUGGAUUCAACUACAUGUGCUUGAUUUUUCAUUAAAUCAUAUAGUUGGGGCAAUUCCAAAGGAACUUGGAAAGUUGACUUCUCUAAAGAAGUUGUGGUUGAAUGGAAAUCAUCUCUCUGGUGCUAUACCUGUAGAAUUCGAGUCAUUGACCAAUCUCGAAUUUCUAGACAUAUCCUUGAACAAAUUAUGCAAGUCACGUAAUCUUGGGAACGACUUCUCAAAAUUGAACCACUUGAAUUUGAGCCAUAACAAUUUCAGUGAAGAACUUCCCAUCUUGCUUAUGAGCUUAUUUCAUCUCUCCAAACUAGAUUUAAGCUAUAACUCUUUGACUGGAGAGAUACCAUCAAAAGUCAGCAAAAUGCAAAGCUUGGAGGUGCUCAAUCUCUCUCACAAUUAUCUUUCUAGCAUUAUUCCGACUACCUUUGAAGAAAUGCAUGGCUUGUUGCAUGUUGACAUAUCUUACAAUGAGUUACACGGCCUCAUUCCCAAUAGCAAAGCAUUUUUAGAUGCUCCCUUGGAAGCCUUGCAAGAUAACAGGGGAUUAAGAAAGAAAGAUCGAUAUCUCCAAUUAGAACAAAGCAACAAGCAUGAAGGAGGAUCUCUUUUUGUGUCAAGUACUUUCGAUGGAAGAAAAAUGGAUGAAGAGGUCAUAAGAGCAACCGACGCAUUCAAUGACAUAUAUUGCAUUGGGAAGGGAGGAUAUGGAACAACAUAUCAAGCAAAAUUCUCAUCAGGUGAAAUGGUAGCUGUGAAGAAACUCCACCAACUACUUGAUGAUGAGAAAAGAUCCCAAAAAGCAUUCUUAAAUGAGAUAAAGGCAUUAACAGAAAUUGAAGAAUAUGCUAAAGAAUUUGACUGGAGUAAGAGAUUGAAUAUUAUCAAAGGUGUGGCUUAUGCCUUGUCUUACAUGCACCAUGAUUGCUCACCACCAAUAAUUCAUCGAGAUAUCAAAAGUAACAACGUCUUGUUGGAUUCUCAAUACGUGGCCCAUGUUUCAGAUUUUGGUACUGCUAAGAUUUUGGAGCUAGAUUUAUCCAAUUGGACUUCCCUUGCAGGCAUAUACGGGUAUAUGGCACCAGAACUUGCUUAUACAAUGAAGAUAACUGAGAAAUCUGAUGUAUAUAGCUUUGGUGUGUUGUCAUUAGAAGUGCUAAUGGGAAAGUAUCCAGAUGAUUUCAUCUUCUCACUUAAGUCAUCUCCAUCAGUUGAGAUGGGCAUUCAAUUGAAAGAUGUGUUGGACCAACGCCUUCAGUUUCCAGCGCCCCAAGUUGAGGCCGAGCUCAUAAGGGUUGCAGAGAUUGCUACUGAAUGCUUAAAUGACGUUCUAGAAUCCAGGCCGACUAUGCACAUAAUUUCUAAAGAUGAGUGUUGUACUGAUCGGGAUGGUUUGAGUGUUGGGAGAAGCUCGAGUGCCAGGUUGGUUGAGGCUAAGGGGAAAAGGGAUGGUUUGAGUUUUGGGAAAAGGGAUUGGCUGAUUGAGAGCGUCAGUCGAAGUGUUAGGGAUAGGGAUGGUUUGAGUGCCCGUGGGUCAAGAUGGGUUUUUGGUCUCCACAAGCGUUGCAGCCACAAAAGGCAGCCCAAGUCUCUUCCAUCUGCUACCGUGCAAGGACAAAUAGAAAUCGAUACCACUGCUUGGCCACGAGCCAUCGAGUUGCACUAUCCUCCCCUGUUUUUAUCCCCACAAAAGAGUGCACGUCAUAUUAUCCCAUCAAGGGGGUUGAGACAAGGAGAUCCUAUCUCCCCUUAUUUGUUUCUGCUCUAUACAGAAGGCCUAAUUGGGUUAUUAAAGCAUGUAGCCACUUCAAAUGCAAUCUCUGGAAUUCGAGUUUCUAGAGGGGCCCCAAAAUUGAACCACCUCCUAUUUGCUGAUGACAGCCUCAUUUUCUGUGAUGCUAGUGUGGAGACUAAUCUCAAAUUAUUAAGACUGCUGAAACUCUAUGAGGAGGCCUCUGGUCAAUUCAUCAACCAAGAUAAAUCUGCCAUGGUGUUUAGUUAG